AUGCAGAGGUUUCUUCGACCCCGCAUGGGGAAGGGAACUGUGCGUGAGUUGCCUCCAAAUGCAGAGAUGAUCGGCAGUUUGAAAAUUGUGUACGAGGUAGUUUUGCAGAAGCCGAUGGGUAUCGUCCUGGAAGAUGGGCCGCAAGGGCCAGGAUUCGGAGUUGGUGUGGCAGACGUGCUUGAAAGCGGCAGCGCGUACAAGCUCCUCCAGGAAGUACUUGAAGAUGGGAAAGAUUCCAUGUGGAUUCAGGAGGGGGAUGAACUUGAGGCAGUCAACGGCGAGCCACUAGACGGAUUCAAGGAGAAGGCGACGGAGCUCGUGCAGAAGUCUGGGGAUGAAGUCAAACUGACGCUUUCCCGGCCUCGCAAAGGGUACAUCAAGGUGGUUUUUCCUGGUGGGAAGUCCAUAACGUCUCCACGGGCCGCCACUUUGGAUAGGCUUGCAGAAAAGGUGGGCUACAGGUCUGGCUGCACAUGCAAGGACGGCCGAAGCCCCGAGUGCUUUUACAAAGAUCCGGCGACCGGUGAGGUCUAUGUCCUCCCGCUGAAUGUGCCUGGACUCGUGCCAUCAGUGUGGCGCAGAUCGGAUGAGGGUGGGGUGAGGCCAGGGGAAGCCGAGUUUGAAUGCUGGGGCCUUGGUGCUAUCCAUCGAUUACAACACCCUUGGUUUUUGCGGUGUUGUGUGGGGUGUUGA